GAGGUUUUAUGUGUCUUUAAUUUUGCUUAGCAGCUGUUGAUAACAGGAAUUGGAUACUGUUGGAAAGCAAAAGAACAAAGGUAUUACAGAUUCAAACAGGGGUUUGGAACUUGAAUGUUGUGCAAACUGAUGCUUCACAAACACACAGCUACUGCACAACAAACGUGGUAACCCCUGGUGGAUGAGGUCAGACAUUGUAAAUUUCAAGGAGAAUUUGAGUACAUUUUCAACACAAGAUGACCAGUGGUAGGGCACUCUGAACCUCGUUACUAUUCCUCCUCUUGGGCCCUCUAUUUAAUAUCGCCAGACUCUUCUGCUUUCGGUCAAAAGACAACUCAGUGGAGAUCAGCUUUUGUUGAGAAGAUAGCUGAUCAGAAAAAUAAUGGCUUAAUUCUGACAGCUGGUGAUCGAUCAUGUAUUGUCUAAUUAUAAAGCUUCUGGAUCUGCCUACACUGUAGAAGAUGAUGGAUCUCAGGACAUCUCAGUAGAGUUAUUUGAUUCUUGGAUCUAUGAUGCUGCUAUAUGACAGUCUUUCACCUCAUCACCGAGACAGCAGAGAAGUCAGACCCAGGCAAGCCUAUAUACACAUGUUGACUUCCUCCAGAGGCAGCAUUUCUACAUGUAAUCCAGUAUUCAGUGCCCUUCAGAAUCUGGAGCCUUAUCAUGGUGGAUGAUGGAGCCUGAAGCCACAGCUUUUACCAUCAUGGAUGAUGGAGCACCGAGGCAUAGGAUUCCAGUUCCCUUUCUCUUUUCCAACAGAGAUCGACCGUAGACAGGAAGGUGGGAGGGCGAGAACUGCACCUGGGAAAGUGGCGCGGACAUCAAAGCAAGGAGAUGAGCUGACCAUUUCAUCCUCGGGUCGACUUUAUUAAGACAAAGCAGUCUGGAACAAUCAACACAACACAUGCAUGAUGAACAAGCCACAGUGAGAUGACGGCAUCCGAAGGUGGAUGAUGGCAACCGGCAAGGAAUUUUCCCACACAACCGUCUCUUACAGGUCUACCUAACAACUGACCUUCCUCAUGGGGCUGUCUCAAUCCCAUGCCCCACUUGAUUCAAGUGUGACUCACACAGGGAUUGGAGAAGGAGAACAACCCCAUCUCAGUCGCUCCUUCGGCGAAGCCGCCUGCGAAGAAGGAUCGGCAUAUCGUUACCUGGACGUCUCAGGAGGAUGAUUUGCUCCGGGAACACAUUGCUCUUCACGGAACCGACAAUUGGACAAGUAUCGCAGCUUUAUUCAAGGAUAAGACCAGCAGACAGUGCCGGAGAAGAUGGUACACCUACUUGAAUUCAGAGUGUAAGAAAGGUGGGUGGUCAGCGGAGGAGGAUAUGCUCUUAUGUGAGGCGCAGAAGAUUUUCGGGAACAGAUGGACAGAGAUUGCAAAGGUGGUCUCAGGAAGAACUGAUAAUGCCGUAAAGAACCGGUUCUCCACCCUCUGCAAGAAAAGGGUAAAGCUUGAGGCUUCUUCCAAGGAGAAUAAGGGUUCAUCGUUUGAUCAAAGUAAUAAGAGGGUUAUAGUUCAAGAUGGCUAUGCUGCAGCAGUGGCGAGGGAGUCAUCAACAUCCAAUAAGCAGAUCAGAUACCAUGUGCUUCAUCCCAAGGAGAUUAAUGAAGGGAAUAAGAGAUUUCUUGGGGAACAUGGACCGGAACAAAAUCAACUAAGACCACCUCUAGCAGUGCUUGUUCAGAACUCUGAUACUUUAAAUGGUUUGACAGAAAACCUGAGAGGACCUCUAUACGAUGUUUCCAACAAAGAUAAUCAAGGAACCUUUAUCAGGAGAGAUGAUCCAAAACUAACAGCCUUGUUGCAACAAGCUGAAUUGCUUACAUCCCUUUCCAAGAAAGUCAAUGCUGAAAAUACCAACCAGAGUUUCGACGAGGCAUGGAAGGAACUUCAAGAUUACUUGAUCCAAACUGAAGACAGUGGGUCACUGAGAAGAAAAUUAUCUGGAAUGGGUUGUAUGCUAGAUGAGCUCAGAGACUUGAUAGAGGAUUUGAAUAGCAACAAAGAAGAGGAGCAACAGCCAUUGAGUCAAUUUAUCAGGCAACUUGAUUCUCAUGAGGAUUCUCAAGGGAGUUCUGGGUGCAGCACAGGCUCAACCCACGACUUGAAUUCUGCACAAGGUAAAAGCAAUCCUCAGUAUGAGGAUUGUUCACUGCAGACGGAUAAUGAGGUCAGUUAUCUUAAUGAUGACGCCGCAUGUUCCAGCAUGACUGCUUCUCCAGAGGCAAUCUUAUCGGUGUCUGAAAUGCCAAAGGAUGAAGUUGUGAGUGGUUGUGCACUCUCAGAAUUUGCAUCUCCCCUCCAGACAAUCCCACCUUUCCAGUCGUUUACAGAUGGAAUUCCAAGCCCAGUUUUUACUUCAAGUGAGCGACAUUUCCUACUUAAUGUGCUUGAUUUGUCAUCUCCGGCCACCAACACAAACUCCAGUAAGCAGCCAUCCUGCAAAAGGGCUCUUCUUGAUACCUUCAAGCCAUCCUAGUAUGUGAUAUAGAAAGUUCUACUCUAUUCUUUUAAGGAUUUCGUCAGUCCAGAAGUUAGGCGUUGUGUGUCUUUGAAAAUAUAUAGAUUCCCGUUUGUGGUUCCUGCUUUCUUUCCUUGGCUUGAAUUGCAGACAUGUCCUGUUUUUAUCAGAGGCAAUUUUAAGUCUGCAAAUAAUAGGUGUGUCCUUACCAGUGCAUUUGCAACAUCACUAGCUUUCCCACGUCCAAGCUGCCAUACUUCUGCUUGUUUGCAUACACGUACUUGCAUCAACUUUGGGGUGCUCAUUUGCCUUUUUCUUCCAUGAUAGGAUAUUGGUUUUAGUCCUCAGAUGUUUGGUUUGUCAUUCAUGUAUAUAAAGUUCAUCAUAAGGUCAUCUUUGUGUAAUGUACAUGCCAUAUCUACCGUGAAGCAUAAGGUCAUGUAGAAUUUUUCUUUGUUCUGGUUUGGUGUGCAAGAUAUAAAAUAAGAACCAUCUCCUGGUUUUAUGAGUCCCUGUUGUUUUUUAUUUUUUUUUGUGUGUAUCUGCUCGAUUGAUUGGGUGGAUGAAUCCUAGAUUCGAUCCUGUGGAGUUUAUUCUUCUUCCCUUCUUUCUCAUAUGUGUAUUUGUCAGACGGAUGUAAUAUUACUAUGGCAAUGAAAAUUUUGAGUAUUUA